AUGAGUUGUGGUCAGUGUUUGUGCGAAGGCUACCUAAGCUCCAAUGCCAAGCGCGUCUUCACAUACUUACUGUUUGAGUCCUACAGAAACUGUUUGAUUGGUUUCGCAGAUAAUUGUCUUUGCGAUCAUAACUUUGAUAAUCAACUCGUGUUCAACCACUUGGAGGACGAGUACAAAAUUCUUCGCGCCGAAGAUUGCCGUCUGAACGACACCACCGAUGACCACAUGAUGAGUACUGUGGCGUUCAAUAAGAGCCAAAGUGUGUCCAACAGUACCAUCGAUAAGACAAUUGAGUUUAUUAGUGACCAAAAUGGCGGCGAUUCCCAGCCGAUGGUCGCCGAUGACAAUGAUUUAAAUUACAAGAUCAGUCUUUCGCAACACAUGAAAGCCAUUCAUUUCAAGACUACUGACAAUUGGGAUAAUUUGCCACAAGUUCUUCAAUCAGACGAUGAGAUUAUUAUUGCCUCCGAAGAUUGCAUUCAAAGCGACAACACAUCCGCCAUGAAGUCGAGACCAAUUGUGCGACCGCUUCAUCGACCCAUUCCUCGACCAGAGUAUACGUGCGAUUGGAUCGGAUGUGAACUCGUUUUCAGCACUAAUUUCGAGCUGAGAAGACAUCAGAGUUACGUCCAUAAGAGUCGCGAACAGACAGCGCACACGUCAUCGACAGUGCGACGGGUGGAGAGGUUUAUGGGAUUCAAGCCGUUAACGAUCCAUACGUUAGACCACUCUUUAACCAAAGCGAGCGCUAAAGAAGAGGACGAGACGGAGAAGGAGUUUAAAUGUGAUUUGUGUGACAAAAGCUAUUCUCGCAAAAACGGUCUCUUAUAUCACCAAAAUGUUGACCACAAUUGCGGCGAUCGAUCGGUUCGUAUGUUUUAUUGCGAUGAUUGCGAGUAUAGGACACAGAACUCGUGUCAUAUGAAGAGACACGUGAUUAGGAAACACACUAUUGAUAAGCCAUAUAAAUGCCAAUUAGAGAGCUGUCGGUAUGUUGUCAGACAAUUCGCAACACUCGAACAGUUCAAGAGUCACCAAAUGAAGAUCCAUUCCGUCACAGACCCGGACUAUGUGCCGUUCGACUAG